AUGGGAAGUAAAAAUAGAACCAAACUUGAUUUACUUAAAGCACAAUUGCGUCAAUAUGCUUGUAAUGAAACACCAUACAAUGAAACUUAUGUUACAAAUAUUGAUACUCCUUUACAAGCUGCUUUGGUAGCUGAAACUAAUGAUGAUUUAGAAGAAUUUUGA